AUGACGGUGGCGGAAGGCGAUGCUUAUGUGCCCGUGGAGACCUGGAAUGGCCUUGGUGCUCAGUUGAUGUCCUUGUGGCUUAACAGAUUUUACAUUUACUCCUGUGCUGCUUUUGGAUUCAGCCUUUGGCUCUGCAUCCAGUUUAUCGCAAAAGCCAAAAAACAGAAUGCAAAACACCUUCAAACGUUUUCCAAAGUCACUGAAGAUGAUCGUGCAAAAGACCAACUUGAGAAUCUCCAUGUAACUGGGGUGAAAAUUUUGUAUGGCUCUCAGACUGGAACAGCUCAGCGGUUUGCGUCCAUUCUUGCUGAAGCAGUGGCCGGUCUUAAUUUGCCAGCAGAAGUCAUUGACUUGAGAGGCUACGAUCCAGAUGACUCUCUAGCAGAAGAGGCGACCAACAAGAACGUCUGCGUGUUCCUAGCAGCCACAUACACGGACGGGAAGCCAACAGACAAUGCCGCGUGGUUCUGCAAGUGGCUGGAAGAGGCGGCGAACGACUUCAGAGUUGGCAAGAAGUAUCUGAAGGGUUUGCAGUAUGCCGUCUUUGGGCUGGGCAAUUCCUUGUAUGCUGACCACUACAACACUGUGGGCCGAAGCAUCGACCGGUGGCUUUGGAUGCUGGGCGCCAGCCGCAUCCUGUCCUGCACCAAAGGGGACAGCAACGUCACCAAGAGCAAGCAUGGCAGCAUCGAGGCGGACUUCGAGGCCUGGAAGGGCAAAUUCCUUGCCCGGCUUGAGGCCCUUUGCAAAGGGCAGAAGAAACCCUGCAGUGGGAGAUGCAAGAAAGGCAGAUGCCGGUCCAAAGGGAAGGGGAGCCUCGACACGUCGGACCAAGAGCAAAGGGCCUUGAAGCAAGAGGAGAAGGAGGAAGAAUUGUUUGAAACCACAAGCGAGGAGGAGUCUGGCAGUGAGGAAGGAGGUGUUGCGAAGCCUGUCGUUGACGUGGAGGAUCUGGGGAAGAUGGUGGGCCACAUGAAGAAAGCUCAGAAGGAGCGCGAGCUUGACGAUGCGGCUUCCCAAAGAGGCAGAUCCCAGCAGGCCGACGGGGAGGACGAGCGGCGAGAGAUGAUCACGCCGGCUCUUCGCGAUGCACUCACAAAACAAGGUUACAAAUUGAUCGGGAGCCACUCCGGUGUGAAGCUUUGCCGGUGGACCAAGUCGAUGCUUCGCGGAAGAGGAGGCUGCUACAAGCACACCUUUUACGGCAUCGAAAGCCACCGCUGCAUGGAGACUACGCCCAGCUUGGCUUGCGCCAACAAAUGUGUCUUCUGCUGGAGGCACCAUACCAAUCCUGUGGGCACAGAGUGGCGGUGGAAGAUGGACCAGCCUGACAUGAUCUUGCAGGAGGCUAUCGAGAACCACCAGAACUUGAUCAAACAAUUUAAAGGUGUUCCGGGAGUGAGGGGUGACCGCCUGGAAGAAGGGAUGCUUCCCAAGCACUGUGCUCUGUCUCUAGUCGGGGAACCCAUCAUGUACCCUGAAAUUAACCGAUUCCUAAGGCUGCUGCACAGUCGUAACAUCUCAAGCUUUCUUGUGACAAACGCGCAGUUCCCAGUGGAGAUAAGGAACCUCGAGCCCGUGACACAGCUGUAUGUCAGUGUGGAUGCCAGCACCAAAGAGAGUCUAAAGAAGAUUGAUCGGCCUCUCUUCAAAGAUUUCUGGCAGAGGUUUCUGGACAGCUUAAUAGCAUUGGCAGAGAAGCAACAACGGACUGUCUAUAGGCUAACUCUGGUGAAAGCCUGGAACGUGGAGGAACUCCAAGCCUAUUCGGAGUUGGUGUCUCUUGGCAAGCCAGAUUUCAUCGAGGUGAAGGGAGUGACUUACUGCGGAGAGAGUUCGGCCAGCAGCCUCACCAUGGCCAACGUCCCGUGGCACGAGGAGGUGGUGCGCUUUGUCCAGGAGCUGACCGGCCUUCUCCCGGACUACGAAAUCGCCUGUGAGCACGAGCACUCCAACUGCCUCCUGGUCGCCCACAAGAAGUUCAAGAUCGACGGGAAGUGGCACACCUGGAUCGACUACGAUCGCUUCCAAGAUUUGGUCCAUGAAUACGAGCGGACUGGGGGAGCCGCGGCGUUCACCUCGGCCGACUACAGGACUCCGACUCCCCCAUGGGCAGUGUUUGGGGCCAGUGAACGGGGCUUUGAUCCACAGGAUACGAGAUUUCAACGCAAGAACAAGGCAAAGGACAUCUCGGGGUGCUGA